AUGGAGACAUUAGACUAUGCCGAUAAUACAAAAGCUGCAUCGCCACUGAACUGGGACGCGGCCAUAACACCAACAACCUCUCUCGACAUUGAUCGAUCACCUUUUGAACAAACGUUAAACCAUAUUCGCGUAGUGCAGCAGAAGAAAAUACACACCGAUCGUCCGACUAUACCAGCUACUAUAUUCGAGAAAUUAGCCUUCUAUCGUGCACAUGUGACAGUUCCUAAUAAAACUCAAAUAACAUGCAUGGAAGAGUACAUGUUUAACAGAUAUCUAUGGUAUCACAUACUCAACGUAUUCUGCAAAAGUCUACCCAACACCUAUGUUUAUAUGUUCCUUAGUUCCUACGCACCAGAUCACCAUUUCUUUCUGUCUAAAAUGGCACCGAUCGCAUACGGAUGUAACUGGGCUAUUAUCAUAUCCGGGUUCUUAUACCUAAUUUCAUACACGGACUUCGUUGCUUUGCAGUUCGAUUACGUGAUUUCUGGAAUUAUUUACAGAAACCCUUGGAACAGAUGCCCUUCAAGAAUUAUUCACUCUAGAAACUUUUCACUUUCUUGCUACAACUUGGAUGAAUUUACUUCUUUGUUGCAAAACGAAACUGUUAUCUUUAAAUAUGCAGUUUAUAUUUCGUCAAAAAGAGAAUUUUUUCAAAUGGCUCCUACUUCAUAUUUCAUAAAUCGUGUUUAUAAAAACGAGGAAAAUUACUUCUAUUUUAUUUUUUUGUGGAUAGUAGCAGCUAUUCAUUACAAACAAUUGUUUAAGAGACAUAUUUGGAAGGUAUUAAAUAACGUACAGAUGUUGUUAAAUGUUGUGUAUGUUUUGAGCUUCAGUCAUAUGGUUCUUACGAGUACAUAUUUUGGAACCAACAAUAACAAUGUAACCGUUUUAGAUGAUGAUCCGAGUCACUAUCUUUUGGUAUACACUCAUAAUUAUAGAACAUAUGCUUUUAUCCGCUACGUAUGCUUAUAUGAAAACAAUUAUAUUAUUUUACAGGAUGCUGAUUUAGACGUUUUAUCUGAGUCUAUGACAGCGCCACCUAUUGUACAUGUGCUUACAUCACGUUCUACAAGUCACAUACAACCCGACCGUGACAGUAUAAUCAUGAUAAUUUCAAAUUCAUUGUAUUAUAUAUUUAGAGGCUGGCUAUCUUUUAAAUUGAAAACAUAUUGUGAGAGUAUGGUAAAAGCUCCUUUACUCUUUCCCGUUAUUUACAAUUCAAGCCCGUUCUUCUUCUUAUGGCCUAUAUAUUUUUCCAAUUUCUACUUUGGAGACUUCUUUACUAUUAUAUUUUUCACGUUGAGUUUUAUGACUGAAUUUCUAACGAUCGUAAUUACACUCCAAUGUUUGAUAGAAAUAAUAGUAUGUGAAUGGAAAUGGGCCAAGCGAAAGAUUGUUACCGUCAUAUUAAUUGCAAUUGGCAUUAUUUAUAAUUUGUGUUCUGAUAUUUUGACUCGAGGGAUUCUGUACAUAUACAGCAUCGGUAUGGUAACGUUAGCUGAAGUGUUAGUUAUAUAUUGCAUCUACCCAUUCGAUCGUUUGGUGGAUGACAUAACUUUUUAUUAUGGAACAUCUCCGACAAGGCUUAGGGUGCUAAAUUUCAGUUUAGUACCAAUUUUUUAUGCAAGACAAAUGUACAAUAUGUAUGAAGGACUUUUCAAGGUGUUUGAAAAAUUUAAUAAUACUAAUUAUAAAAAUAUAUUAUAUUUCCUGAGUGUCCCUUAUUUACUCGGUGCAGUCUAUGCUGCGUUUGUAUGUCUUUUUAUAAAGAAAAAGAAUAUUAAAUGUGUAUUUAAACCUCAUUCGGAGUGGGGUCCUAAGGACAUAGAAACCCGGCGACUCCGGAAACAAUAUGACUCUCGAAAUUAUAUUGGAUCACAGGCACCGAGAAAUCUAAGUCGUUAUAUGAUACAGAAAUCGAGGCUCGAAUCGUACAAGCUUGACAUAAAGUACGAUAACGUUGUACGGCGUUCAUCUUUGACUUCUACGGAAAUACAUACUGAAGAUGAGAAGAAACGCAAAUAA